UCUUUGCUGGGUUAUGAGUAUUAUGGGCUGUCUGGAAUUCACCAGCUAGCCAGUGGAGAGAAAAAUAUCUAACGGUAGAUAGAAGUAAACAUGGAGCUGUCGGCUGUCGGGGAAAGGGUGUUCGCUGCCGAAUCCAUCAUCAAACGGCGAAUAAGAAGAGGUCGAUUGGAAUACCUUGUGAAAUGGAAGGGUUGGUCUCCGAAAUACAGCACCUGGGAACCGGAGGAAAAUAUAUUGGACUCCCGCCUCUUCGUCGCUUUCGAAGAGAGAGAACGUGAGAGGGAGCUCUUUGGGCCAAAAAAGAGGGGACCCAAACCGAAGACGUUUCUUCUAAGGGCUCAAGCUAAAGCCAAGGCCAAGACGUACGAGUUCCGGAGCGAAGCCGCGAGGGGGAUUCGGGUUUCGUUCCCCAGCCCAGAGCCGGUCGUUACCCCCAGAGCUCGGGAGGGCCUGCGGGCCGUGGUGCCCACCAUUUUCCCCCCCAGCACGGUCAACAGGGGGGAGAGCGUGCGGAUUCGGCCCCUGGAGCCCGCGCGGGAGCACCGGCCCGCCGCCGACAGGUUGGCCGCCGCGCCCAAGAAGAGGGGCCCGAAACCCAAGCUGCGCUUCAAAGAGGGCCUGGGCGGCGGCGGGGGCGGGGGCCCGCCCCAGGAACCCGCCAAACGGCGGUCCGAAGAGCAGGCGCACUACGGGCCGGUCAAGCUGGGCAAGCACGGCCCCCCCGAGGCGGAGAAGGCGAUUAAGCUGGCGCGGAGGCACCAGGAGGAGCCCGGCUUCGGCCAGCAGAAGCCGGGGAUGAGGGCCGCGCCCGGCGAGACCGUCCGCCACUACGGCCUGGACCGGAGCGUGUACUUGCACAGGGCCGCGCUGGACGCGCAGAACUGCCGGACUAAGGAGUGCCCGGCCGCCGCGUCCCCCCCGCAGCCCCGGCUGAAGCACCUGUCGAAGAACAGCGGCUACCAGCCCGACGGCCCUCCGAGGGACCAGCCCUCCCUCGUUGCCAAAAUCCCUGUCUCCAGGAUCCUCGGGGAGCCGGAUGAGGAUUCGUGGAGCCCCUGCCUGAGCAACGUGGAGAAGGUGGUGGUGACAGACGUGACCACAAACUUUUUGACGGUGACCAUUAAAGAGAGCAGCACAGAUCAAGGCUUCUUCAAAGACAAAAGAUGAUUCUUUUGAUUUUUCUUUUCAGGACUUUGUUUUUUUUUAAGACUUCCUUGUCAAAUUUAUUUUUGCUGGAGGAGAAAAAAAAAAAAAAAAAACCAUUUAACAUUUCAAAUGUUUCUAUGUGUAUACCUGUACAGGAAAAAAAAGAUUAUAUAUAUAUAUAUUAAUUUGUGUGUAUGUAAAUGUUAGACGUGUAUUUAAUGUAAAGACCAAAUGAAAUGAAGUCCUUGGGACUGUGUAUAUAUAUAUACACAUAUAUACAGGCAUAUAUCUUUUGUGAAGGAUUGCAUGUCAAACAUGUUGGCUUUAUGCGAAUUUGUAUGUGCACACAAAUGCAGACAUUGUAUCAUGAUUGCCGUUCAGAAGCGGGAGUGUAAUUUGUCCAAGCACGCUUUCUGCAUAAUACAGAAAUAUCACCAAUUGAGGGGGAAGCAUUGGGUGAGAUAUUGCAGAUCAAACAAAAACAUGCAAGACAGUUAACUUUUGUAUUACUCAAUGUAUUAUGUGAUUAAUUUGUAUAAUUAGUAAGGAAAACACUGGAUUAUGGAAAGUAUGUUAAUUAUUUUAAAAAAUGGCCCAGUAUUCCGGUUUGGAUUAUAUGUGAUUAAACAUCUAUAAGAUGUUUCAUCAUUGAUCUGCAUAUUCAUCCGUUCUAUGUGAUGGCAUAUUUGAGCUCUUAGUGUUACAGACGAAGUGAACGAGACAAAAAAAAAAUGUAAACUUAACUUAAAUGUAAACUUUUGCUUAUACUCAAAGACGAAGUUUUUACGUUUUAACUGUUAGAAGGUUUUGUCUUUAAAUAACAGCUUCCUGAGAUAUAUUUUAAGAAGUCGUAUAUAUCAUCAAACACUUGUCUAGGAGAAAGAUUAGAGGCACUUUUUUUUUUUGUUUCUUUUUAUCGCUUGAUGAAAUGUGCUUUGGUGGUUCCGAACCCUUUAAAUGCUUACAAUGGGCGUCUGUAUUUCACACAGCUAGUGCGGUUCUGAAACCGCAACUGACGUAAACGGCUGUAAUUUUGCUUAUGAGCCACGUUGUAGUAAAUAUUUCUGCAAAUGUA